AUGGCCUCAGGUUGGUCAGCGGUCGUACCCAACGGAGCAUCAUUGGCUCACGAGUGCGCCUCGGGCUUCAUUUGCUGCCGAGCAGGAUCCAACCCCAUGUCCGUCCGCCGAUGGUUUCCAAUUCAAGUCUCUUCAACUGCACCUUCUCAUGGUCUUUUCAUUAAAUCACUUCAUCUUUCUUUUGGGAAAGCAUUUGAUCAGACUCUCGUAAAAAUCAACAACCCUUUGGUUGCUCGGACUAUGGGGUCUACUUCCCCAACCUCGAGGCCAGGAUCACCUCGGCAUCCUGUCGACGAACCUCCGAAAUGGGAGCAGCGCAAGACCAUCAUCGCGGAACUCUACGAAGAGAAUGAGCUCAAAGACGUCAUGCAGGUUAGGAAGAACGAUCAUAGGGAAAGCCAAUACAAGAAACAAAUUUCAAGGUGGGGUUUCAAUAGGAAAUACGUAAGAGGAGUUGAGUACAAGGCCAUAAUUCGAAAGAAACGGAAACGUAAAAAGGAAGGGGAAAAUACGGAGUGUCUUUUACGCAGCCGCAGGAUAUCGGACAAGAAUAUUGUCCCGUUUGAGGAGAGGAUGAUCAGCAGCAAGAAGAUAUCUGAGGAAGACACUUUCUCAGACAUCCAAACACCUCAUAGCCUCAGUUGCCAUACCCCAAUACCGUUGGAUGGAGGUUCGACAACGCUUCAGAUCCCCCUUCGCCUGUGUCCUCAACAGAGGACUGCCGCUGUCGAGUUCCCAAAGCCCACUUUCUUCGCCAGUUUCACUUCUUCCGAACCCGACGUGACCCCCCAUGCAGAUGAUUCAAGUGAAUCGGCCCCUAAGGCAAGCUACUACCCGAUCCAAUCUGCUCCCCUAGACGGACAACUCUUGGACUAUCUCAAUAAAGGAAUGACAUCAAAGAGCUCCCCACAUCUAAAAGUUACCCACUCUACAAUCCUCCACAAUUCCAGGCCAGGCAUGCCAUCUACGGUUGCCUGUUUCGCCGGACUGCAAGUCCGAACUCCCCUCAUAUACAAAAGCCAAAACAUUCCGAGCACCGAGGUACAAUCUUCUACACCGACGCCUAAACCACCAUGCUCUAUGAUUGAACUCCAGCAUCUAAGCGAGCAGGCUCUUGUUGAAGAAAUCUUCUACAUCAGCCAAGAAGCCGGCAUAGUGAAUCGCGAUAUUCCUCUGGACUCCGACAUUCCAGAGGCUUCUGAUGUCAUCAGUGCUGCUUCUCUUUGUUCCGAGUGUAACUCUAAUCCAGGAGACUGCACACUUCGCCAACGUCUUUCAGUAAUGGUUCACCAUUCGCAAACCGGCAAACUGAGCCUGAGCGAAGCGCAAGAGCUGUCCGGGACUUAUGUCAGGACUCUCGCUACAGCACGAUCGCACUCGCUUAUCUGUCUCGUACAUAUCGCAGUCGAUCUAGUCUGGAUCUUGGCCACCUCAGGGAGGCGUCACAUUGUCUCGAAACUCGCAACAAAUCUCCUCCAACUUCCUUCAAACCUCUUCGACGCAGGGCAAUGCUCCCAGCGCAUUCUCCUUGCAAGCAGCGCACUAACCUUGGCCCAACAGACGAAAUGUAAAGAGGCAUUAUCCCUGAUCAAAACGGCCCUCGGAGCAAGUUACGAAGACAUCCUCGAAGUCUCCCUCCGUGUGAGCAGCCAGCAGCUAGAUUCUUCCGUGCUCACAUUCGAACGAGCUGUUAUUGAGUUGACUUCGGGCCGAAUACGCGAGAUUGGGUGGCAGCUAUUUGACUGCGAUUCUUCAAACGGGCUUGGGAACGUGGAGACCUGGUAUCGGACUAGCAGUGGCGAGCUUAGAAGAGAGGAGGUUACUGUGAGGGGUGUUGCGCUCCAGGCUGUGGUAGAGGUGGAAUAUCAACGGCGGCAGCAAAUAAUAUUAGUAUAA